AUGACUCUCCACGCCGAUGCCGCCGCCGGAGUGCUGACAAAUAUCAAUGAGCAGUGCAAAGAAAAGGGAAAGGGAAUCAUUGGCUUGACCGCACUUGCUUUAGCAGCAAAGAACGGACAUGUUGAGGUCGUCCGGCUCCUCCUCAAUCAUGGCGCACAAGUCGAUGCGAACUCAAGCCAAAACCGAACUCCCCUGUGGAUUGUGACCACCCAGGGACGCGGCUCGCGUAGGGCCGAAGUCGUCGAACUCUUGCUACAGCGCGGGGCCAACGCUAGAUUCUCUCACCCCGAGCUUGACGGAGGUUCAAAACCACUUGAAAAUGAGUUGCUGAACGUUAAGGAUCCAGAUGUAAUCCAACUGCUAGUAGAAGCAAAAGGUACCACGGCGAAGUCUGAGAAACUCGCAGCGGCAGCCUCAAAUCCUGAAAUAAACGACGCCAUGGUCUCUACCCUAAAACGAAGAAAGCUGCGCGCUGCCAGCGUCAACCUCGUCACAGCGUUUCUGGUCUUCAUCCUUACUGUGAUUGACAAUACUGCAGUCACCAGACUGGUGCUCAAAAUCUUCGCCGCUACUCAAAAAAGCGACAUCAACCCUGCACCCCUUGAAGAGCAGCUAUCAAGCUCUUACGGAAAUGUGGGUAAUGUCGGACUGGUUGGGCUUGACUAA